AUGCAUGAGGGGCGUCCCACGAGUAGCACUAUGCGUGAGGGGCGUCCCACGAGUAGCACUAUGCGUGAGGGGCGUCCCACGAGUAGUUCUAUGCGUGAGGGGCGUCACACGAGUAGCACUAUGCGUGAGGGGCGUCCCACGAGUAGCACUAUGCAUGAGGGGCGUCCCACGAGUAGCACUAUGCGUGAGGGGCGUCCCACGAGUAGCACUAUGUGUGAGGGGUGUCAUACGAGUAGCACUAUGCGUGAGGGGUGUCCCACGAGUAGCACUAUACGUGAGAGGCCUCCCACGAGGAGCACUGUACUUGAGGUGCGUCUCGCGAGUAGCACUAUGUGUCAGGUGUUCCCCAUGGGCAGCAAAGAGGUAUGCUAA